AGUUGAAGUCAUACUUUGAAAAUAAAGUCUAGUCCAUUUUCAACACUUAAGUCCCGACUUGAGGUUAGACACUCAAAAGCAUGGAGAAGUUGAGACAGCAUUUUAGCAGGAUAAAGAUCCCUCAGCCUAGUGAUGCUGUAUAUAAGGAUGAGUGCAUGUACUCCUUUGACUCUCCGGACUCCAUCACUGGUCUAUAUGUGUGUCUCAAUACAUUCCUUGGAUUUGGACGGAAGUAUGUGUUGGACUACAGCAACAAGUCUGGCAACUGUGUCUUCUUGCACCGCACCAGGACUAGAAGAGAGGUGCCAUCAGAAAAAGAAGCUGAACCUGACAAGAAGAUUGCUCGGCUUGCAAUAGGUGUAGAAGGCGGCUUCAAUCCUGAUGUUGGGGCCAAGAAAUACGAGUAUAGUACUACUUUGGCUGUGGUUAUACUACCGGAUUUUGAAGUCAUUACCUUACCAAACGAUGACCUACCACAACUGGUCCUAGAGAGCGUGUUAGGUGUGGAAAAGGCUGAAGGUGCAUUGCAGCAGGCAGCAGCAAACUGCGGUGGCGGUUCUUGGGACGGAGAAGUGCGCCAGAUUUCCCGUCAUGCAGACAGUAUUCAGCAGCUUGACAAUGGUGUUAAGGUGCCGCCUAAAGGCUGGCAGUGCAGCCAGUGCGACCUCACGGACAACUUGUGGAUGAACCUGACUGACGGGGCCAUACACUGCGGCAGACGGCAACUGGACGGCUCUGGUGGCAACAACCAUGCCGUGGAGCACUACGACCAAACCAAAUAUCCACUGGCGGUGAAGCUAGGCACAAUCACGGCUGACGGCAAGGCUGAUGUGUACAGCUACGCUGAGGAUGACAUGGUCAUUGAUCCGCACCUUGUCAAACAUCUCGCCCACUUUGGCAUCAACGUGUCAGUGAUGGAGAAGACCGAGAAGACCAUGGCUGAGCUCGAGAUCGACUUCAACCAACGCGUGUGGGAGUACUCGCGCCUCACAGAGAGCGGCCAGAAGCUCGUGCCUAUGUUCGGACCUGGUUACACGGGACUGCGCAACUUGGGCAACUCUUGCUACGUGAACUCAGUGAUGCAGGUGCUGCUGACAGUUCCGCCCCUCGCGGAGCGUUACUAUAUCAGCGGCCCAGAACGCCUUGCUGCUGUCGAGCCUAAAAGAAUACCUCAGGAUUUCGACGCUCAAAUGGCUAAACUGGCCAUUGGCCUGCUAUCUGGCGAGUAUUCAAAAGCGCCCGCAGACUACGACCCUUCCUCCGCGGCUGAGGUGGAUAUCGAUGAGCUGCAGCCUGGCAUCGCCCCUGGCUUCUUCAGGUCCGUGGUGGGCAGCCAACACCCCGAAUUCAGCACCAAGAAGCAGCAGGACGCCAUGGAGUAUUUGGAGCACGUGCUCAAACUCAUGGAGAGGAGCUCGCUUAAAGCUGGAUUGCCUGAUCCUGGACACUGCUUUAGGUUUGGGGUGGAGGACAAGUUUGUGUGCAGUGCGAGCGGUUGCGUGCGGUACGUUGAACGGAGCGACCUGUACCUGCCUCUGCCGGUGCCGCUGGAGGCCGCGACCAACAAGCUGCAGGUUCAGGAAUACAACCAACGCAAACUAGACGCCGAGAAACUUGGCAACAGAUUCACCGAAGAUGCUGUGCGUUCCAGCAUCCCAUACGAAGCUUGCAUCUCGAAGAUGGUCGCACCUGAAGUGCUGACGGCCUACAGUUCUGCAGCUAAGGCGUCUGUGCCUAUGACCAAAACCACCAGGAUUACCACGUGCCCUGACUAUCUGUUCAUUCAACUGGUGAAGUUUGACGUGACGGAGACCUGGGAGCCGGUAAAGUUGGACGUGUCGGUGAGGAUGCCAGACACACUGCACCUCUCCGUCUUGCGCAGCGCCGGGCGACCUGAAGGGGAGAAGACCUUGCCAGACGACUCAGCCGAUCAGCCGACCCCUGCAGCUGCACCAGUGAUAGACGAAGCUGUAGUGAAGCAGCUCUGUGAUAUGGGCUUCCCUGUCGAGGCGUGCAAGAAAGCUGUUCAUUUCACCGGCAACUGUGGUGCCGACGCCGCCAUGAAUUGGAUCAUGGAACAUAUGAAUGACCCUGACUUCAGCCUGCCCUUGGUUACCUCGACGCAGUCCACAGCAGGUGAUAGCUUCACUGCGAGUGCUGAGGGUCUGAUGAUGCUGGAGAGCAUGGGUUUCACAGAGCCGCAAGCUCGCCUCGCCCUCAGGGAGACCCAGAACAACUUGGAGCGCGCCGCCGACUGGCUCUUCUCGCACCAGCCUGAGCUCGAGCAGCUCGUCGCCAGGCAUGAGCAGGGCGCUGCCGCUGCUGCUGCUCUACCGACUCAUGCUCAUAUGCCCAACUUUACUGACGGCUCCUCUAAGUACGAGCUGGUUGCUUUCAUAAGCCAUAUGGGGACGUCAAUCCACGUCGGUCAUUAUGUUUGCCACAUCAAGAAGGACGGCCAAUGGACUAUUUUCAAUGAUAACAAAGUCUCUAAGUCUGUAGACCCACCCAUUGAUCUCGGUUACCUUUAUUUGUACAAACGAGCGGCAUCUUAGCUUAUACCGGCCUAGCAAAAGCACAUUUUCUGGAAAUCAUUUAUUUGAAAACGAUAAGUUAGAUUCCUAAAUAGCAGGGUCAUUUCAGACUACUAUACUAUGCUGAUUAACAGUUUACCGAUGUACUUCACAUUUCGCAUCGCUCGAGGGAUGGCUUGGAGCCAUCCUAAUUUACAGCAGCUUGAGCAAGUUGAAAAUAGAGCUACAUGGCGCGGCAACGUUAGCAGCACGUAGUCUAGAUUCCAAGUUGUGCCUUCAGCUUCUAAAUUGACGAAAUUUUGCUUUUCUAAACAGGUUUGUUCAGAUUUUGCAAUUAUAGUUUCUCUGAUUUUUCUAUUUUGGCUAAUUUUUCAUUAUUGUAUUCAGUGUGGGAACUUCUUCAUCCUCAUGCAGGUAUUCUUUUCUUGCGAUGAGGUAAGUUAAAGAAGAGCUCAUGACAAAAUAGAGAAGUUUUAUUGAAUAACGUGCUAGCAUUGUCGUGGUUACAGCCGUUUAAUCUUUGCCGAAAAUAUGAAUAGCAAACAGGUAUUGAUCAUUAAUAAAUUAACCUGGGCACAUGUUUGCAUUGCACGUUUUGUAAACGUUUUCAGCUUGGAAAAUAAUCACCCGUGCAACGAGAGAGCACCUCACAAUCAUUACUAAACAAAUGAGCAUCGCGUUUGGAUGUUAACUAUUCAUUUUUUAAUUAUUAAUAAAUGGUAUGUUUGCCUUC